AUGAUGUCUGACCCUAUGAAAGACACAGCUGCUCGCUCCCUGAAGAAAAGCGGGAGCCUGUCCUCUCUAAGAAGACAUGAAUUUCAGAGGAAGAGCAUACAUGGACAAACCAAAGACUCUGUGAGUCUGUCUUAUAUGGAUGAACCGAGCCAGCGUGAAGAGGUCUCUCGCCUUACAGUUCAGAUGGAAAACACCUACCAGUUAGGUCCUACCAAACAUUUUCCUGUGGUCACUGUCAAUCAUAUUUUGAAAGAUGUGCUGACUAACUAUCUACAAGAAGAAGACUAUGAACCAGAGCUCUGCAAACAGAUGACUAAAACUAUUGCUGAGGUUAUUAAAGCCCGAGUCAAGGAAUUAAUGAUUCCACGGUAUAAGCUAGUUGUGAUUAUUCACAUUGGACAACUGAACGGUCAGAGCUUACUUAUUGGAAACAGAUGUCUCUGGGAUCCUAAAAGUGAUACUGUUUCAUCCUAUGUUUUCAGAAAUGCUUCUCUCUUUGCUCUUGCAAAUGUGUAUGCAGUUUAUCUUGAGUGA